AUGCCUUCGUCACUUUCCGAGUCUUCUUCCUCAGAAAACAAAAACUUCGUCUCGUACCAUGAAGUCGCAAAGCCUACAGCUCAGAAACUCCUACGUAAUUCUCUUCCCGUCCCUUGGAGCUUGUCUGAUAUAAUAUUUAUCGACGAUGAUUACGCUUUGACUCAUGCUCUGUGUGAUAUUAUUGGGAUAAUCUCAAUAGUUGUGAUAUUGGGAUCGGUAGAGAGCAGAGGAUCAGUGAGAAGAUCGGAGAAGUUAAAGUAUUCUGCCAUUAAUUGCAGGAAGCAUGGUGCAGUUUUGACAGAUUUUGGAGGGGUUGGUGAUGGCAAAACAUCAAACACUAAGGCCUUUCAGUCUGCCAUUAGUCAUCUGAGCCAAUAUGCAUCUGAUGGAGGAGCACAACUUAUUGUGCCAGCUGGCAAAUGGCUCACUGGAAGCUUUAAUCUCACUAGCCAUUUCACUCUUUUUCUUCACAAAGAUGCUGUCAUUCUUGGAUCUCAGGAUGAGUCAGAAUGGCCUGAACUUCCUGUGCUACCGUCUUAUGGUAGAGGAAGAGAUGCACCAAAUGGAAGGCUCAGCAGUCUCAUUUUUGGAACUAACCUUACUGAUGUCGUCAUCACUGGUAACAAUGGGACAAUUGAUGGGCAAGGAUCUUAUUGGUGGGAUAAGUUCCACAAGGGUAAAUUGAAAGUCACAAGACCAUACCUGAUUGAGAUCAUGUACUCCGAUCAAAUCCAGAUUUCCGAUUUAACUUUGCUCAACUCUCCUUCUUGGUUUGUCCAUCCAAUUUAUAGCAGCAAUGUAAUAAUUCAAAAGUUAACCAUCAUUGCACCAAUUGAUUCUCCAAACACAGAUGGCAUAGACCCUGAUUCAUCUACAAACGUAAAAAUUGAAGAUUGCUACAUUGUCUCCGGCGAUGACUGUGUCGCAGUAAAAAGUGGGUGGGAUCAGUACGGAAUUAGAUUUGGGAUGCCAACUCAACAUCUCAUUGUUAGAAGGCUUACCUGCAUAUCCCCGGAUAGCGCAAUGAUUGCCUUAGGAAGCGAGAUGUCUGGUGGCAUCCAAGAUGUUAGAGCUGAAAACAACAAUGCAAUAAACACCCAAUCAGCUGUUAGAAUCAAAACUGCAGUUGGAAGAGGAGGUUAUGUGAAAGACAUAUUUGUGAAAGGAAUGAACUUAAGCACCAUGAAAUAUGUGUUCUGGAUGACAGGCUCUUAUGGGUCUCAUCCAGACCCAGGUUUUGAUCCCAAAGCACUCCCAAAGAUAAGUGGAAUAAACUACAGAGAUGUUAUAGCUGAUAAUGUGACUUACUCAGCAAGACUUGACGGGAUUUCUGGUGAUCCUUUCACUGGGAUUUGCAUUUCUGAUGUGAAUAUCAAACUGACCAAGAAGCCAAAGGAACUCCAAUGGAAUUGCACUGAUGUUGAGGGAUUCACAAGCAAUGUGACUCCUAAGCCUUGUGAUUUGCUGCCAGAGAAGGAACAGAAAUUUGACUGCCCUUAUCCGAAAGACAGUUUGCCCAUUGAUAGUGUCCAGUUGAAGACUUGUUCUAGUACAUUCAAAGAGUAUUUGCUUUGAAAUUUGGCUCUAGUGUUAUAGGUAAGCACUUUGGUCAACAAUGUUGUAGCUUACAGAAAAUAAAGUGUAACUGUUAGUAAAGGUGCCAAAAGCGUUAUGAACUAUGUAAUUUAGUUUACAACUGCCCGAGGCCUGUUACUAAUUACUAAAUGAAAUUUUGUCAUUGAAGUA